AUGAGUGUUGUUGAGGCAUCAUCAAGUUCUGUGGUAGAAAAUUCAGCUACUUCCAAUGUGGUUCAGAGAGGUAAUAUCUCAUCUUUCGCAUCGACCACUGCAUCAUCGAAUUUGACCACCAUCGACACAAAUGGUAAUGUUUUCAAGGUCCCAGAUUACUCUAUCAAAGAUAUUUUACAAGCUAUUCCCAAACAUUGUUAUGAAAGAUCAUUAAUCAGAUCUUUAGGGUAUGUCGUUAGGGAUAUCACCAUGAUGGUAAUCAUUGGCUAUAUGGGUCAUACUUUUAUCCCAUUGGUUGAAAUUCCUGAAUAUCCUACUUUGGCUUAUGGUGUAAGAGGAGCUUUGUGGAUGGUUCAAUCCUACUGUAUUGGUUUAUUUGGCUUUGGUUUAUGGAUUUUGGCUCAUGAAUGUGGACAUGGUGCUUUCUCAGAUUACCAAAAUAUCAAUGAUUUCAUUGGUUGGGUAUUGCAUUCCUAUUUAAUUGUCCCAUAUUUUUCAUGGAAGUUCUCUCAUGCUAAACAUCAUAAAGCUACUGGCCAUUUAACUAAAGAUAUGGUUUUCAUUCCGUACACCAAAGAAGAGUAUUUGGAAAAAAACAAGGUUGAAAAAAUUGCUGAUUUAAUGGAAGAAUCACCAAUCUAUUCAUUUAUGAUUUUGGUUCUCCAGCAAUUAGGAGGAUUACAAUUAUAUUUGGCAACCAAUGCUACUGGGCAAGUUUAUCCUGGAUACUCAAAAAUAGCUAAAUCACAUUACACCCCAACAUCUCCAGUUUUCGAUAAACACCAAUAUUGGUACAUUGUCUUAUCUGAUAUUGGUAUUAUCUUAACUUUCACAACUGUUUACCAAUGGUAUAAAAAUUUUGGUUUAUUCAACAUGAUGAUUAACUGGUUUGUCCCAUGGCUUUGGGUCAACCAUUGGUUGGUAUUUGUUACAUUUUUACAACAUACUGAUCCAACCAUGCCUCAUUAUACUUCCAAAGAAUGGACUUUUGCUCGUGGUGCUGCUGCUACCAUUGACCGUAACUUUGGAUUUGUUGGUCAACACAUUUUCCAUGAUAUUAUCGAAACUCAUGUUUUACACCAUUACGUAUCACGUAUCCCAUUUUACAACGCCAGAGAAGCAACUGAAGCUAUUAAAAAAGUUAUGGGUGAACAUUACAGGUAUGAAGGUGAAAACAUGUGGUAUUCAUUAUGGAAAACUAUGAGAAUGUGUCAAUUUGUUGACGAUGAUAAAGAUGAUGCUAAAGGUGUGAUGAUGUUUAGAAAUGUAAAUGGUUGGGGACCAGUUAAACCAAGAGAUUAA